AUGUGUCGCGUGCCGUUGCCUGUGACCAAGAGAGCGAGCGGCUUCUGCUUGCGGCGACCGCGAGAUGGUGCCAGCAGUCCGGGUGGAGCAACCGCCACAAGAUAUCAUAUAAUAUUUUCACGCGGGUUCAGAUAUUUGCUUAGUCAUCCAAGGAUUGCUUUGUUUAUUAUUAAUCAAUUGGUUGAUAAGAAAAUUACAAUAUUACACAACCUUUCUAAUAACCAUACCAUAACAUCGUCACAUUCAAAAGAAUAUUUACCAGAUGGUAUAUUUCAUACUGCUGGUUACACAAUAUGGUUUGAAUAUUUGAACUACAGUGUUAAUUGUUCAGAGUAUUGUCAACAGCGAUUAAGCAACCUAGUAACUGUAUCGACUAAAGUAGGUCAUACUAAACCAAUAAAACAGAAUAUUUUAGUCUGCAUUUUUCAGCAGUAUAUUCCUGGAUUGGAAGGAUAUAAAGUUGAUGGUGGUUUUUAUUUCGGAGAAGUCAAAAAUACAAACAGUACUGUUGAAGGUUAUUCGUUAGAUACACUUUUAAAAUUAAUAAAAGUUGAUGAAACUAACCAAUUCAACCAUCAAUUGUUAAAAAGCGAUCAAGCCAAGUUGUUAUUUUACUUUGCCAGACCUGAGAAUUACUCAAGUAUUCCAGAUCCAUCAAGUGAAUUAGAAUUCGUAUCGAAUUGUUAUCAAUUUUACAUAAAUAUGACUUUAAACUCAAGGAAAAGGUUUCACUCUGAAGAGCUGGGAAAUGACGAGCAUAAUAAGAUGUUGGAAUAUUUGUCUGAGAAUAAUGUUAAUUACGAGGAAUUUUCAACAAAAUUUGAAGAUAUUGACAAAGAAAGUAAGCAGGCAAUAUAUGAUUUAAUGACAGGAAAGAAUUCUAAGAAAAAAAUAAAAAUUUCUCAUGAAUGCGCGAACAACUUCUCUGAGGCCCUUUUAAAAGAGCUAAUAAAAUACGACAUUGAUGUAUCAUAUUCUCCUGUGAUGCUCGCUGAUAUGGUAAAGAAAAAAUUAAAUGAUAAGUUCAUUUUGAAAGUGAUGAAUACUUAUGAUAUAGAAACUACCACGACCCAAGAAGAUAUAGAUAAAAUGAAAAACUGUAUCUUCAAUGAACAAAAUGAAGACAAAUAUAAAAAUGGUGAAAAAGAGAUAUUGACGCUGUUAAGAGAUUUCCAUAAGAAAUGUCCAGAUGCUGAUACUAAUUUAAUUAAAGAUAUAAAAGAAACCAUUAAUAGUGCAAUGAAACGAUCUACGAAAUACCGCUUUUGAAAUAAAAAAAAAGAAACAGUCAAAAGAUUAAAAAAUAACUCGCCAAAUAAAAAAAACAGGCAAGCAAAUUUGAAAUCUGCAGACAAGAAAGAAAAUGCGACAGUCUCAAAUAAAAUAAAAAAAAUUAUUAAAGCAAUGACUUCAGUGGGAAUUGUUAUAGAUUAUUAUGAGAACCUCGUUUACAACUCAAUUGUGUGCGUCUCAUCUAAAUUAAAUGUAUUAAAAUGUUGCUGCUGCAAUGUGACAUUUAAUUACACAAAUGUUGAAGAUCAUCUCCAGAGCCUUGACCAUGUUGAUAAUAUUUAUCAUUUUGCACAACUGUCAUCGAAAUUUGCUAAUACAUAUCAACUGGACUACCGUAGAAUUUUUGAAAAUUACUGUUACGUCCGAAACAGAAUAAAUGUCACGGGACCGAAAAGUUCUCUACAACAAGCAAGUAUCACUUUAUACUGAGCAAAAGUAGUACGGAAGACGGUAGUACAUCGUAUUUUAAUUACGUUCACGAAAAUUUCGACACUUAUGGACAUUAAGGUGGCUUUGUUUUGAAAAAAUUCAUGUUUGUGAAACAUCGAAAAAAGAAUGGAGAAAUUUGUGGAAAUAUAAAUAGAUUUUAAUUCAUAAUUUACUAAUAUAUUUUUGAAAUGCAUCGAAACAUAUUUUGUUGUACCUUUAUAGUAAUAUUGAUUAGAAUUUUAAUAUUUAGAUAAUGAGUAUAUAAAGAAAAUUAUGUAGAAAUGCAAUUGUCCCUCAAAAGCUUAGAGUAUGUAUCUAUUGUAUUUUGAGAGGGAAACAAAAAUAACAACUCAUUUUUCAUCUUUCUUAUUUCAGUAUUAAAAAUUAUAUUUUAAAUUUACUGGCACUGUAAUAAAGUAAUGAUAUCAAAAUCUUUUAACCAUCA